AUGGCCGUGCGUCCUGGGCUCCUCUGGCUGCUGGGCCUGGCUCUGUGCUCUCUAGGCAAGCCACGGCCUCCCCACGCCAUGGCCGAUGACGACGACGGCGGGCUCCCUCGGCCUCACUUGGGUGGUGAGGACCUGGUCAUGAGCUUCGUCAAUAUGGUGGAGCGCGACCGUACCCUGGACUACCAGGAGCCACACUGGAAGGAAUUCCUCUUUGACCUGACCCAGAUCCCUGCUGGGGAGGCUGUCACAGCUGCUGAGUUCCGGAUAUAUAAAGAGCCCAGCACCCACCCACUCAACACAACCCUCCAUGUCAGCAUGUUCGAGGUGGUUCAGGAGCACUCCAACAGGGAGUCUGACUUGUUCUUUUUGGAUCUUCAGACGCUCCGAUCUGGGGACGAGGGCUGGCUGGUGCUGGACAUCACUGCAGCCAGUGACCACUGGUUGCUGAACCAUAACAAGGACCUGGGACUCCGCCUCUAUGUGGAAACCGAGGAUGGGCACAGCAUGGAUCCUGGCCUGGCUGGUCUGCUGGGACAACAAGCACCACGAUCCAGACAGCCUUUCAUGGUCACCUUCUUCAGAGCCAGCCCAAGCUCUGUGCGGGCCCCUCGGGCAGUGAGGCCACUGAAGAGGAGGCAGCCAAAGAAAACAAAUGAGCUUCCACAUCCCAACAGACUCCCAGGGAUCUUUGAUGAAGGUCACGGCUCCCGAGGAAGAGAUGUUUGCCGUAGGCAUGAGCUCUAUGUCAGCUUCCGGGACCUCGGCUGGCUGGACUGGGUCAUUGCCCCCCAGGGCUACUCAGCCUAUUACUGCGAGGGGGAGUGUGCCUUUCCACUGGACUCCUGUAUGAAUGCCACCAACCAUGCUAUCUUGCAGUCCUUGGUACACCUGAUGAAACCAGAUGUCGUCCCCAAGGCGUGCUGUGCACCCACCAAACUGAGCGCCACCUCCGUGCUCUACUAUGACAGCAGCAACAACGUCAUACUGCGAAAACACCGCAACAUGGUGGUCAAGGCCUGUGGUUGCCACUGA